GAGUGCAACCAGCUGACCUUGAAGAAGUUGUCAAGAAGGGUGUUAAAGCUGUGGUGAUCAGUCGUGGCAUGAGCGAGGCGUUGCAGGUUCCAGCAUCCACUGUGGACUAUCUGGAGAAAAACAGGAUCGAUGUGUUGGUGUUGCAAACAGAGAAGGCUGUGGAGCAGUACAACACCCUGGCUGCACAGGGUGUCCAAGUUCCAGCAUCCACUGUGGACUAUCUGAAGAAAAACGGGAUCGAUGUGUUGGUGUUGCAAACAGAGAAGGCUGUGGAGCAGUACAACACCCUGGCUGCACAGGGUGUCAAAGUGCAGCUGCAGGAUAGGGAUGAGAGGCUGGGACAGCUUGGAGACCUGCCUGAGAGGAUGGGGAAGCUGGCUGGCUCCAAACCAGAUCUGUCAGCCAGAAUGGGCUUCAGCGAAGAGGAAAAACUGAAGAUUUCCAAAGACCUCGUUGACCUCCAGAUCGAGACAAACAAAAUGAAGGAGCAGUAUGAGACAGAGAACUUUGAACUGAAAAACAUGAUCCUGGCCCUGGAGACCCGUGUGCUGGAGCUGGAGCUCUGCAGUGAGAAGGUCAGUGGGGAGCGAGAUGCCUUGCGGGAAGGCCUGCGUGCUCUGGAGACCAGUCGGAAGGAGCUGGCGGAUGAGUAUAUCAUUCUGAAAAGCAAUUACCUGGCCCUAGGCAAAGAACUGGACCAGGAGGUCAUGAAGAAUGAAGAGCUCAGCCGAGAGCUGCUCAUCCUGGCCAAUGCCAGCCACUCCCCUGCCAUGGCUGGUGAACCCUCUGCUGAGCUGGGAAGAGUGAGAACAAUGGUGCGUCGCCUCUCGGCUCAGAAGGUGAAGUCAGAAGAUGUAGCUGCCUCUGAACAUGAACGACAAAAACUGGAGAGAAAUUUGCUUGGAAACCAGGAUCACAUAAAAGUGGAGCUUGAAAAACUGAAGAAAACCUAUGAUUUGCAGCAACAGAAGCUGGAAGAGAGAGUGAUGGCAAUGGGGAAGGAGCUGCAGGAGGCGAAGGGCACGACUAGGGACACCCAGUGCAAGCUGGCGGAGCAGUCAGCGGUGCUGCUCAGCUCACAGAGCCAGCUCCAAGAGGUGGAGGCGGAGAACUCCCAGCUGCAGCUCCGGCUGAAGGAGCUGAACGAGGAAUAUCGCUCCCGGCUGGCGCAGUACAUCAAGGACAUGGCGGACUUCAUGGACAGCAAAUCCAGCAAUGUCACAGGGCCUAGCAAAGCCCCAGCUGCUCAUGCUCCCAUGAGACGCUUCGUGGACAGCAUGCUGAAAGACAUCAGGGCUUCCUACAGGACUCGGGAGGAGCAGCUAGCCAGAGCGGCACGUGGCUACAAGAAACGUAUGAAGGACUUGGUCAAGAAGCAUGAGAACCUGCUCAUCGCUUAUGGGCACCAGCGAGAGCAGAUCCGGUCCUUGGGCAGCACCGCUGCAGACUGUGGCCCUGCUGAGCUCCACUUUUCCAUCACAGACCCAGAGCUGCUGACAAACACCACCCGGGAGCUAAACCGGCUGCGGGAGGAUAAAGCAAAACUGGAAAUGCAGCUACAUGAGCUGCAGAAGGGACAGAAGAGGAAGAACUUUCCCACGCUGGGCUGCACAGACAGCUCAGCACCUAUCAUGCUCGGUGACCAGAACAAGAGUGUUUGUGCUCCGAAACGUGAAAAGUGGCAGCCACUGGAUGAGAAAGGCUGGGCAGAGGUCAGGAAGCAGCUCUGGGAGUUCACACACACCACCCAGGAGGAUUUGGAGCAGGAAAGAAGCCAGCUCCUGACUCGGGCCAUUGUGGCAGAAGAGCAGGUGUCGGAGCUGCAGGAAUACAUAGACAAGCAUCUUGCAAGGUACAAGCAGGAGAUUGUCCAGCUGAGGAAGCCGCGUGUGCUCAGUGCUGGGGCAGCUGACACUCGCUGCCCAGAGCCAGAACUGUCAGGCAUGAACCAUAGCUCUCCACCACGACUCUGA